AUGUGGUACACUGAGGCAGUGCGCAUGACGGAUAUCAUGCUAAAGCAGCCCCUGCCAGAGAUCACGAAAGUUCCAGUGACUAUGAAUCUUUUGAAGAGAAGAGCAAGCCCGGCGUUGUCCCUGACGCGGACGAUGCCCCACCAGGAGCGGCGACGCGUCCGAACUCCUGGUGUCGAUGACAGGGAUAUCCGAGCUUCUGAAAAGACUGAGGAGUUGCAUCCUAGGAGAGGGCACAAGAAUGCACAUGGAUAG